UAUAAACACUUACCUAAUCAAAGAAGACUACCUGAUUAUGCUAUUGCUAAAGCAGAAACCUUGUUAGGUUUGAAAGCUAACAAAAAAUUACUUCAACGAGAAUUGUUAAAUGAGACUGGGAAAAUGAUAACGCUCCGAGAUUUAUCAAAUAUUGCUGCUUCUGCACACAAAAGUGACACCCGAAAUGAUUUAACAGCCUUUAUUACAACUUUAAAGGAAAAAUAUAAUGCUAAUGUUGAAGUUUUGACAGAUGCAGACAAUAAUUUGCAAGGGCUUUUUUUUCAAGAUUUUUUUAUGCAUGGUGCCUACAACGCAUAUCCUGAGUUUUUAUGCAUGGAUGCGACAUAUAAAUUGUUAGAAAUUCGACUGCCUGUUUAUAUUCUGCUAUGCGAAGAUGGAGCUGGUGAAAGUGAAAUAGCUGCUGUAGGUUUGCUCACGCAUGAAGAUGCUGCGUCUCUUAGUUGGUUUGUUGAAAGAUUUAAGAGUUUCAAUAUUGCUUGGCCAAAGACAAAUGUCUUCAUGACAGACAAAGACUUAACAGAAAGAGAGAUUUUACGUAGUGCUUUUCCUGGGGUUUCUCUAUUACUCUGCUUAUUUCACACCAUGAGAACUUUCAAUCGUGAGAUUACAACUUCCAAACUUAAGAUAACAAGCGGUGAACGGACUUCAUCUUUAGAACUUAUUCAGAAAUUGGCUUACGCUACAUCAGAAGAAGUUUAUGAUGAACUAUAUAGAUUAUUUAUUUCAUCUUCUCCAACUACUGUUGUAGAUUAUUUUAACAAGAACUGGCAUGAUAUUCGUGUUGAUUGGGUUCUUGGUUUAAAUUUUGCUAGUGGAAAUUUCAUGAACAGCACCAACAACCGCCUUGAAAAUUUCAAUGGCAAAUUAAAAGAAGUGAUUGACUGCAACAGUUCCUUAGAAAAUUUCCUGGAUAAAUUUUAUGUUGUUCUAGCAUCAAUGCGUAACGAGAGAGAUCAUAAGACUAUUUUUCAAAUGCAAAAAGUUCUAGUUGACAUGUUUGAUCCCAACUCAGCUGAGGCAGCAUAUAAGAAAGUUCUGACAUUGUAUGCAGCUCAACAUGUUUUAAAGCAAAUGAGCUUGCGUGGAGACAUUAAUUUGUUACAAAGAGAAAAUGAAUACUUUAUGGUAAACACCACUGAAGGUCUGCAUACAGUGACUUGGAAUUUUUGUUCAUGUAUGUUUAGAAAGUCAAUGCACUUACCUUGUAGACAUAUUUUUGCUGCUCGCCAAUUCCUUAGAAUAAAUUUAUUUGAUAUUGACUUAUGUGCUGAACGCUGGACAUUAAAGUACUAUCGGCAGCAUCAACGAGCUUUUAAUAGUCCUAUAAUGGCUGAUGAGUUGAGAUCUGUAGAGUUUCAUGUAGCUCCAAAAAAAAAACUCCUUUCUCAGCAUGAGAAGUUUAAACUAACUCUACAGGAAACAUCAUUUCUUGCUACCCUUGUUUCUGAAUCCACUGGACAGACUUUUGAACAACGUCUCAGUCUUUUACAAGCUCUAAAAAAAGGUUGGACUGAUGGAAAGGUCAUGUUAGUUAAUGAACUUAUUGAUGUGGACAUUUGUUCAUCAAAAACAGAAAGUACAUUACCUAGUGCAUUUACUAUAGUUACAGAAUCUCCAAUAAAUUCAUUGGGAUGUGUAUCUGGAGUUAAUGGUGUAAACACUUCAGUAGCACCGUUAGUAGUCAGUAAUAAAAAUGUUUUAAGCACUAAAAAAAAUGUUUCACAAUUAACUACAGAGUAUGCAAUUGAUAACGACAGCAUUUUAUUAGAGGAAGCUAUUAUUUCUGAAAAAACUUAACAUGAAGAGUUAACAUCUGUGAAGAAUUAUGCAGAGUCUCACCUGAACAGGAUUCGGGUGCCGAAACAUGUUUCUCGAUGUGGACGACCUAAAGGUUCUACUCUGACCACUAUUGGUUUGCCAAAAAAGCGACAACCUAAUUUGUAUGAAAAAAGAGUACCUUUUUUUGAAAUUACAUCCAUCAAAAAGACAUGCUAUGAUGCUGGGUUGGUUUUUAAAACCAGAUGAUGUCCAUAAAGCUCUUUCUGGAAUUCUCAUUGAAAGUAAUUGUAUUGAAAAAAGAGUCAAUCAUAUCUCAUCUGCUAUUCUUGAUGAAAGUGCUGGAGGAGCUCUUUUGUCGCUACAAGGGUAUUUUACCCCAGAUGGAUGGAAAGUACUCCAUGAACUAAUUGAUACCAAAUCUCGUCAAAAAGUUUGGCCUUGUGCUGUGUGCCAAAAAAGCACUUGCUUGGGUAAUGACAUUGGGGACUCAGUAGGAUGUGAUUCAUGCCUUUUGUGGUUUCACAAAAAAUGUGUUGGUCAGAAAGAAGGAAAUCUUCUAAAAUCAAAAUACUGGUUUUGUCAUUCUUGUUAGAAUAUUUUUUUAUUAAUGAAAUAUAGUUAUACUUGA